GUCUUGCAAGCUUGUCUAGUAUUGUGUUAAAUCGCAAAGAAACCCUCAACCUGUAGUAUGGCCGACGGAUACAGCGACAGCCCUCAGGGCUCGACUCUUUUCGAACUAAACAAUGGAUUGAAAAUACCUGCGCUAGGUUUCGGGGCUAUGAAAAAAGGUCUGGUAUUACCAGAAGAAGAGAGGGACUAUGUUCGCAGCCUGAUAGUGCAAGCCAUUAAAGCGGGCUAUCGCUUAAUUGAUACAUCUAAGAUCUAUGCAACUGAGGACCUUGUUGGAGAAGCUAUCAAGGAAUCUGGAGUACCUCGUUCGGAGAUCACUGUGGUGACAAAGCUGUCUAGUGAUGAUCACCAUGAUGUUCGUGCGGCUUUUGAGCGAUCGCGGAGCUUGCUCGAUACCUACAUUGAUAUCUAUAUCAUGCAUUGGCCGCAAGGCUUUGCCAAAGAUAUGUCACGCCCGUUGGCGUCUGAUGAGAAUCCCACGUAUAUAGAGGUCUAUAAAGAGAUGGAGAAGCUCGUGGGGCCAGACUGCAGGGGUAUCGGUGUUGGCAACCUCACACAGAAGACGUUGGACCUGUUGCUCAAAGAAGCGGAAAUCAAGCCUGUGGUCAAUGAAAUCGAGAUCCAUCCCCUGAAUCCAAAUACAAAGUUGGUCCCGUAUUGUCUGGAACGAGGCAUACGUCCAAUCGCCUGGGGCCCCCUAGCAGGCGGUCCUACAAGUCAUUACACGAACACCUCCGCAAUCUAUGAGAGUGACCUUCUCACCUCUCUUUCAUCACGCUAUGACCGUUCCAUCGGGACGGUCAUUUUGUCAUGGCUCGUUCAACGUGGAAUCGUCGUAAUUCCACAUUCAAGCUCACUGACCCGGCUGACCGAGAAUCGACGCCUCGCGAGACUAACCUACGAGGAGGUCCAACAGAUAAAUUCGUUGCACGAGGAACUCGGGAGAACACGGCUUAUCGAUUCUGUGGCCCAAUGCUGGAUGGAGGUACCAGGGAAAGGGAAAACUGUUAUGGGAUGGACAGUACAGGAGCUUGGGUGGGUAGACGAUAAGGGAGAAUGUUUGGUUUAAUGAUAUUUACAACAUCCUGGAUUACUUUCAGGGGUGUUGGCAGCACUUCAUUAGAACGAUCGCCUGGGCUAUCCAUGGGAUGGCUGUCGACAUCUAGGAUGAGAACAUCCUUUCAAACGCAAAGCACAACGAACUUUCUCUUGCUAAAUCAUAUUAGUGACCGAGUCCCUUGCUUGGAGGUCUGGC